AUGGUCCAAAUCACCGCUGUCGUCCUUGGCCUCGCCGCCGCCGCCUUCGCCAACCCUGUCCCCGCCCCUCUUGUCCCUCGCGGCCUGGCCUGCCCGGCCAACAAUGGUGCCAGCUUUAUCUCCGGCGGCCACUACUACACGCUCCAGUGCGACAAAACCGUGUACGGCGGAGACGUGGCCAAUGGCUACAAGGCCGCCGCGACGAUCGAGGACUGCGCCGCGCAGUGCGAGGCCUCGGCGACGUGCGUAGCCGCCGCCUGGCAGGCCGGUUACUGCUUCCAGAAGACCACCAUGUCCAUCACCGGCGCCGGCGGCUGGACCUCGGUGGUCAAGGGCGCCGCCGUCAACCGCCCGCUCAACUGCGCCGACAACUCGUCCAACGGCGCCGUCUUCACCAGCGGCGGCUUCACCUACGACAUUUUCUGCCGCGGCCAGUACUACGGCCGGGACGUUGCCGUGAACCCCAAGCGCUACGCCGCCACCCUCGAGGACUGCAUUGCCUUCUGCUCCGGCGAGUCCACCUGCGUCGACGUCGUCUACGACGUGGCCAAGUACUGCUACCUCAAGGCUUCCAAGGAUGGCAACUUCGUCGCCAGCGGCUGGUACACUGCCAUUAAGCGCACCCUCUAAGCGCCCGCCACAAUGAUAUGGGCUGUGAUCAAUGAUGGGGGGUUGGGAUAGGUGCUGGUGGGGUGUGCUUUGAAUAAGCAACUCAGUCUGAGCGAGCGAGCGAGUUUCGACAGCACAUAUUUCUCCUACUUCUUCUUAACAACGGCACGGAUCUGAUGUGUUCAUAAUAUGUAAUUAUCAUACCAGGCGCCUGUCAAUUUGACUACAAGUAAUUCUCC